UGUUAACAUUUUCUUCUACCAGCUGAUAGCCAAAUUGUCAACAGUUAAGGCUGCGAUACUCGCGCUGCCGAAACGACAAUAUAUACGAUAAAACUCGGAGAGAAGAGAGGUCAAGACAUCAUCAGCCAGACACGACUGCAGUCUACAGUUUUGGAGGCAAGUGACUGACAUCCCAGAAGCACCUGUCUCCACUCCAGGGAGGAGGCCCAGCCCCCCUGCCGUCUCCUACGCAGGCCGGUAUGAGCUCCAGAGGGAGUGGAGGCCGCUCCAACGGCACACUACCACAGACCAAGAUCUGCCAGUUCAAGCUGGUGCUGCUGGGGGACAUGGCUGUGGGCAAGUCCAGCCUGGUGCUGCGUUUCGUCAAGGGACAGUUUGAUGAGUUCCAGGAGACAACUAUAGGAGCUGCAUUUCUGGCCCAGUCAGUGUGUCUAGAUGACACCACAGUGAAGUUUGAGAUCUGGGACACUGCAGGACAAGAGCGAUACCACAGCCUGGCUCCUAUGUAUUACCGCGGAGCUCAGGCUGCUAUCGUCGUCUUCGACAUCACCAAGCCGGAGACUUUUGAGAGAGCCAAGGCCUGGGUGAAGGAGCUGCAGAGGCAGGCCAGUCCUAACAUUGUUAUUGCCCUGGCUGGGAACAAGGCUGACCUGGCAGAGAAGAGACUAGUAGAGUAUGAGGAAGCCCAGACAUAUGCUGAAGACACUGGCCUGCUCUUUAUGGAGACCUCUGCAAAGACGGCCAUGAACGUAAACGAGCUCUUCCUGGCCAUUGCAAAAAAGAUGCCAAAAACAGACACCCAAAACCCCACACACGCAGCGCGACAUCGGGGAGUCAAUCUCCAGGACCCAGAUGCCCACUCUACCCGAGCCUGCUGCGGCGGGAACUAGACCCCCACAGCUUCCACCAGUAUUCCACCAUCCACACAACCACAGCCCUUCAACCAUCCUGUCUCCUUCAACCAACUUACAGGGGUGGGCCUGAUGUGGGGAAACCCAGUCAUCUACUCACCCACUUCCCCUCCAUGUGUCCCCCCUGUCCAAGCAGACAGAAAUUCAAAGAGUAAGAGGAAAGAAAGAAAAAGCAGAGGCAGAGGAAGUGUUUCACAUCCGUGUCUCUUGACCAACAACUGAGAUUCUGCAUUUGGAAAUUACAAGGGGUGGGGGUGGGGUAUAGUGAAGACUGAGAUCGAGAGGAGCAAAAUAAA